AUGAAAGAGACGGGGAAAGGUAUUAAUUUCAUUAAUGUCUACUCACCUCAAAUAGUGGUGGAUAAGCGAGUGUUAUGGAGCGACCUUCAACGAGUUAUUAAUCGCGAUCAUGAUUUCUGGAUUGUUGGAGGGGAUUAUAAUUGUGUUAGAGAUAGAUCGAAGAGAAGGAACUCUAAGUUCAACGCUUCGGUGUCUUCUGAGUUCAAUGAUUUUAUAGACAAGGUGGGGUUACACGAGUACUCCUUGAAAGGUAGGAAGUUCACUUUUGUUUCGGGGAAUAAGUGUAGUAGCAUUGACCGUAUUUUGGUUUCGGGGGAUGUCAUAAAUAAUUGGCCUGAUGCUGAAUAUCGAGCUUUAGCUAGAGAUAAAUCGGACCAUAACCCUUUGGUUUUGAAGGUGGAGGUUCGGAAUUAUGGUGCCAAACCGUUUCGUUUUUACAAUUCAUGGCUUCUACGGUCUGACUUGGAGAAUAUCGUUGUUAAAACGGUGAAUGAGUUUCGUGGUAGUGGGGCGCCUGAUAUUGUUUUAACGAAUAAGUUUAAGAGGAUUCGUCAAGAGAUUGUUAAGUGGAGGAAGAAUAAAUCUAUCAAAGAAGCUGAGGAAGAAGCGAAUCUAAAGCAGGAAUUGAUUGAGUUAGACGCGAUGGUAGAGGAUAGAGAUUUGACAGAUACGGAGUAA